GAUGGAGAAUAACGCGUGGCUGGAGGAACAAUUGAAAAAUGAAUAAGAUAAUAAAACAAAAAAAUGAUCAAAUUAUGAAGCUGCAGGCCCAGUUAUUGGAACAACACAAAAUAUUAGAUAACAACAAAGCUAAGGAUGCUCAAAUUUUGAGUCUACAGGCUCAGCUAGGGGAAAAGAACAAGUUAGAACGAGACACUUUCCAAACAGUGAAGGAGGUUUUUCAAAACUCAUCCCUAACUGAAUGUAAGGAUGAGUUGGCAUUAGGCAAACACAGUCAGUUAUUCAGUCUACCACCUGACAGUGUGUUAAAGUUAAAUUCUGUUAGUGCUGCACUAAAAGAAUUGUUAGUAAUAAGCCCAUGCAGUGAAGGAACUGAACAAUUGUGGGACCGUAUUUGGGCCGAAAAUGGGUGUGGUACAGAAACCCAGAAAUGGCACAAGUUCAACAUGAAACGUGGAUUAGAAUUUUAGCAGGGGAUCAAGUCAAGUCUGGAAGUGUUACAGGAUGGAAGAGUCAGCCUACAGUUGAAAAAAACACUGAGAGUGCAUUACCAUUAAGGUGUGAG